AUGGCGUCGAAAAAAGCGAUUCCGAGUUGUCUAACCGACGGAGAGCUUCGCUUUUUCAAGUACGAGGAUGGCACCGUGAGUCCCCAUCCUAGUAUUUUAGAUUAAUUCAAACUUUAGAACUCUAUGAGCCGUUUGGACAAACUCGUUCGUCUGCAAAUCGACCCGAAACCGUACAUUCUCUACUGGCGCUACAAGGACAAAAUGGUGUUCAAAGCCAAAGAGGUCAUUGUUGAAACGUUUUUCGUCUAAAACUUUGAACCCCGAAUAUUUCAGUUGUCAAACGAGAAAAACUAUUUGUAUUUGGAGCGAAUCUACGAUGUCCGUGUCGGAAAACCGACCGAUUUCGAGUUGGGACCCAACGAGAAAAGUUACGAGCGAAACUUUUUGACCGUCGUCAGCGGGUCCAGCAUCACGAAUCUCAAGUUCACACAUUUCGUGUACUUGGGCAAGGAGGAAGUGAGUUUUUAUUGAAAAGAUACAAAAAAGAUGACGUUUUUGUUUUGUGCAGAAGAGUCUGCAUGCUUUCUCCGAUGCGCUGUUCAAUUUGGUGCAACGGACGAAGCGAGAAGAGCACGGACUAUUGUACCAUUUCAAAAAGAAGUUGGCGCCCAAGAUGUACGCGGCAUUCACUCCGAGAUGCAUCGAAGAAGAGUUAGUUUAUUUUAG